AUGCAUUUCAGUUCGAGUUUGUAUUUCGUUUGGUGAGGUUCACUGUUCGCUACAGUUCGAGUUCGUCUUUGUCCACUGUCGACGUGUCUCUCUUUCUCUCUCUCUCUCCAUCCGCCUUCGUUCGCCGUGCGUGUCUGUCCCGACUUUAUUUACCUUUUAGCUCACGUUUCACGAAGAAUAAAGAUCAACUGAAAGUUAUAGCCGUAGAAAAGUGCGUAGUAAAGGCAGCAAAACGAAGGGGAAGAGUUGGCACUGCCCAGAAAGAAAGAAGAUAAAAGCAAUGCAAAGUGCGCGUGUGUGUUGACGUGUGCGUGCGUGUGUGUGAGUGCGUGUCUUUUCCGUCGCUCCCUUUGCAAAAACAAAAAAGUAUCUUUUAGAUACACGACAAUUAUCCAAGACCAAAAACAGCAGAAAUCUAAUAAUUAGCUUAGGUUCUCCCGUUUAUUUAUUUUUUUUUGUAACAAUUAGGUUUUUGAAGAAAAUUUCCUCGUUUCGUUGCGGAAUUUUUGUGUGGCGUUCCAUUGCCGAAACGUUCCAUGAACUCUCUUUCGCGCUCGCUCUCUUCGCAUUGGCUCUCUCGUGUCGCUUUGCCGCUUUCGGGUUUCAUAAUUUUGUCGCUUUUCGCUUGCGUAUCUUUAUUUAUAUUUUGUUUCGUUUCCACUGCGUUUCGCUCAGUGUGAAUCUUAAUUGCCCACUUUUUGGAAAAUUCAAAAUACGAAAUUCCCCCCACCCCGCUCAAAAAAAGAAAAGUUGAAAAAGCACACACAAUAUUAAUAGUUUUACAUUCUUCUCGUCCCCCAGCAGUUUCUCUGACAAAAUACUAUAUGAUUUAGCCGAGAUCUUGGUGUAUAUAUUUUGUGCAAAAUAAAUACAAAUAAAAACCAUAAAUAAAUUCAAGCUAGCCUUGGAAAAGUCAUUGAAAGAAAUAUUAAAGAAAAGAUAAAAUACAAAACAAAAAAAAAUAGAUAAAAACCAAAUCGAUUUAAAGAUAUAUUUAUACACACAACGGUUUCACUUUGCGAGUUGUAUACAAAGUAAAUAAUAAUGUAAAGAUAAAACAAAAAGCGAAUUACAGUUAUCGACGCAAAUUGUUCAAUUGUUUGCCUCACGGUCUUUAAAAACCUCUCUUAAAAAAAAAAGAAGUAUAAUACACAAAGAAGUGCAAAUCAAUGUGCAAAAUCAAAUGAUAUAUUCAAUAAUUCACACGUAUAAUGCCGCCUAACAAACUAAGCAAACAUGGAUUAACGCAUUUAUUGUAGAUUGUUAUCUAUUGGAUUGAAGUCAACGAGAAAGGUUUGAGCAACGUUAAUCAUCAACUGAAAGUGUUUCAUUUACGUUUCGUGCGCGAAUUUUAUGUGUAGACAUCAAAUAAACGAAUGCAAAAAAAUUAGCAGCAUCAUCAGCAGCGGCACCAGAAACAAAAACAACAACAAGCACUAUAACAACAACCAGAACAACGAAGGGCACAUCUAACGCUGCGGCUAACAGAUGAGCCCCAACAACAGAUGUCAAUUGCUGCAGCCGAAAAUGCAGGGCUUAGCCCAAGUGACUUACCAGAUCAUUGGGCCUCAGGUACAUCAAAUCCAUCGACCUCGACCAGCAGCAGCAGCAGCAGCAGCAGCGGCAGUAGCAUUAGUGCCAGCGGCAGCAACAACAACAAGUACAACAGCGGCAACAUAUCGGUCUGCAACCUGCCGCGCUCAUCGCCGGCCGCUGCAACAGCAGCCGUUACACUAUCGUCGACCGCCGGCGGCAUUGGCAGCAACUUGUUGAGCGGCCUGCAUCACGGACUGGCGCCCGGUACGCAUCCACUGCAGCGCGCGACGGCAGCCAGCGGAGGCGGAGCUGGUGCUGGGGGCGUGGCAGGCGCCUCGACAGCAGCGGCACUUGCACUCCAGCAACAUCAGCAUCAGCACCAGCACCAGCAGCAGGCGCAACAACAGCAGCAGCAGCAUCAACAGCAGACGCAGCAGCAGCAGCAAUUGGCUUACCAGCAUCAGCAACUGCAGCAGCAGAUCAUCUCGCAGCGUUCCAUACAAAACAAGGCGGCGGCCACCGCUGCCGCACAAACGGCAAGUCUUGCUGCUGCCCUGCAGCGAUCGGCUGCCAUUAUGAAUGCGGUGGCAUCGCCGAUCUCAGCCAAUUCUGCCAACUCAGCGACGUCCGGCCGAAAGAUACGCCGCAAGACGGAUUCAAAGGUCAAUCUGCCCCAAUCACAAAUCAACAAAUGCAACAAUGAGAAGCGACGUCGCGAGGCGGAGAAUGGCUAUAUCGAGCAGCUGUCGGAGAUAUUGACGCUGAACAAGCGUGGAGAUAUGACCUCAACGAAACCGGACAAGGCGGCUAUACUAAACCAAGUGGUUCGAACGUAUCGUGAGAUUUGUGACAAGGGCCAAAAUCGUGAUAUAUCCUCAACGUCGACGAACAACAACAACUCCACGACAACGACCAACAACAACACGAAUAGCAACAAUAACAACAACACCAGCAAACCACAAGCAACCUCAACACGCUGCACCCGCUGCGCCACGGACAACUGCUCGAUCCAUCCGGUGCAACAGGGCGAGGUCUCGUCGACGGAACCACCACUCGCGGAGCCAUCACUCCUGCUCGGCCAGGUGCCAGAGAUAUCGGCGUACUUUGAGGCACUCGAGCACUAUAUCAGCGGCGUCGGCUGGGUCCUGCUGCAGGUGAACGCCAACGGCAUCAUUGAGUCCUGCACGCAGAACAUCCGCGACCUGAUCGGCUAUGAGAAGCAGGAGCUGUACCACCAGCCGCUCUACAUGUACCUCUAUUCGGGGGAUCACGCCAAGCUAGAGCCGAUCAUCAACACCAUGUACAACAAUCCCAAUGGCGGAAGUAACAACUCCGCCAAUAAUUCUGGCCCCGGCGGCACUUCUGCUGGCCCCUCGGCGGGCGUUUGGGGCGAUCUCGAGGAGCUGAACAAUGGCAAUGCCUCACAGGGCUCCAAUUCCAACGGAGCGAGCGGCUUGGGUGGAGCUGGUGGCGCUGCGGCGGGCAAGUCCAAGAGCAGCAUCUCCACCAGGGUGCGCAUGCUAGUCAAGGACACGCGCACGGCCACCCAAACAUCGUCCAACUGCGAGGAGAAGCCACUGAGGCAGGCCGGCCAUCAGGACAAGUACGAGGAGGUGGUCCUUAUAGCGGCACCCGUCAAGGACGAUGCCGAUGCCAGCAGCUCGGUGCUGUGCCUGAUCACACGGCCGGAGGAUGAGUCGCCCCUGGAGAUCAACAUUCAGCAGCACGUGCAGCAGCAGCCGAUCGAGCAGAUGACCUUCAAGCUGGACAUCCACGGCAAAAUACUCACCCUCGAUCCCACGGCACUGCGGGAGCCGUUCAAGCAGCACCUGCAGACGUGGGUGGGCCGCCUGUGGCAGGAUCUAUGCCAUCCGCACGACCUCUCCACCCUCAAGUCGCAUCUGCGCGACAUACAGGACUCGGCCAGCGCCAAUUCGCCGGGUGCUGGAGCUGGCAGCAGUGUGGUAUCGCGUCCGUUUCGUUUACGAUUGGGAGCACCGGAUGUAUACGUGCAUGUGAAGGCAAACUCGAGACUGUUCCUCAACCAGACGCCUGGCGAGGGCGACUUCAUAAUGUCCGUACAGACGCUGCUCAACUCGGAGAACGACAUGAACAGCAGCAACACUGGAGCGGGCAGUGGCGGAUUGGGCUUGGGCCAACUGUGCGCCAUGGCACCGAGUCCCUCGCUUGCCAGCUCACUGCUCAGCAGCCUGUCCAUGGAUGGUCUGCACGGUGGAACCGGUUCCGGAUCCUCCUCCUCGCCAUCGGCCUCUGGCAUGUUGCCCACCCAUCUGCUGGGCGGACUGGUGGGCGGCGGUCAACAGGGCGGCGGUGGCAACAGCACACAGACAACAAGCGUGGGCGGACCCCUGAUGAGUAGCGCCAUUAUCAACGGCACCGGACUGCAGCAGCAACAACAGCAGCAGCAGCGAUCCGGCGCCAGCUCAUCGGCCAGCUCGUCGGCAAAUGCGCUGGUGAACGCGUUUACCGCUUCGCCAGCCGCUGCGGAGCACAGCUUCUACGGAAGCGAUACCUUCGAAUUCGACAUUGCAGCACAUUCCUCCUCAUUCGAAUUGGAUCCCAGUGGCGGUGUGGGAGCCUGGACGGAUUCGCGUCCCAAUUCGCGAGCCUCGGUGGCCACGCCCGUUAGCACGCCGCGCCCUCCGUCUGGACACGGAUUUAGUCCGGCUGUUUGCGCAUCGCCGGCCACGCCGUAUCAGCUAUCCUCGCACUCCGCCGCCAGCCUGCCCUCGCCGCAAUCGAACGCCAGUGCCGGCGGAGGCAACUACGGUGGCUUCAACUUCCACUCCUUCGAGGCGGGCGAUGUGAAGCCCGAGAAGGAUGUCCAGCAGCAGCAAAACCAGCAGCAGGCAAACAACAAUAGCAGCAGCAGCAACCCACUAUUGGGCGGCGGUUUGCCAAACGGCGUUGGUGGAAUGUUGCUCUCCCAGCAGCAGCAACAACAGCAGCAGCAGACACCGCCGCAACAGCAGCAGCAGCAGCAACAGGAAUCCUCGGAGCGAUUGCGCCAUUUGCUGACCAAGUCGCAGAGCAUGGCCGGCGGUCUGGGAGGACUGGGCGACGAUGAGAAGUACUUCAAGACCGAGGGCAGCGAGGAUGAGAAGCACGGCAGCGGUGGUUUCAAGAUGGGUGGCCAGGCCGGAGGAAUGGGAUUGUUUGGACCCAUGGGAUCGAUGGGGCGCGGUGUCGGCAACUCAAGUAUGCUGCACAAGGCAGGCAACUCCCAGAACCCCAUGCUGCUCAAGCUACUCAACGAGAAGUCCGAGGACGAUGAGGGCAACGGAUCGGGUGGUGGGCCAGGUUCAAUAAACAACUCCCGGCAGAGCGAGCUGAUGCGCCAGCUAAAGAAUCCGGACGGUGGCAGCCACGGGAUGCACCGUAACAGUGCCAGCGGCAACAUGAGCACCGAGGAUCUAAAGGCGAUGCUCAAGAUCCAAAGCGAUCCAUCGCUGAGCCGAAAGCGAUCGCUAAACGAGCCCGACGACGAUCCCUCUGCCAAACGGUCGGAGGACAAGCCCAGCAAACUGUGCACGCAGAACAAGAUGUUGGCCAAGCUGCUGCAGAAUCCGCCAAAGAUACCCAAAGCACCCAAUCCCGAGCAGCCGCUGCAAGUGAAGACGCUGCCGGACAUCACCAGCUCCACGGUGAGCAGCACGCUGGCCGCUCCGGGUAACCUCAUUAGCGCUGGCAGCACCGGACCCAAAGCGGCAGCCAAUCGCAACCGAAAGCAGCAACAACAGCAGCAGCAGCAACAGCAACAGCAGCAACAACAGCAGCAGCAGCAACAGGUCGCCGGCAUUCCUUCCCAGCAGCAGCAACAGCAGCCAAACGAUGUCUACCUCAGUCAGCAGCAGCAACAGCAACUCCAGCCGCCGCAGCUGGCCUUCCAGCACCAGCAACUGGCGACCACAGCAACUACCUCAAUUACCACAGCGGCCUCCACUUCGGCAGCAGCUGCGGCAGCGGCGGCCAUUCUGGGCGAACGCGACUCGGAGCUGUCCAAGCUGCUGGACAGCGUAAUGGAGUAUUAUCCAGAUGAUACACCCAUCGUGACCAAUGCCCCAUCCGAGGCCUCGGCAAUCAACGACAUUCAAAAGUCGCUGAUGCUGGACGUAGAGUCGGCGGCCUUUGGAAACGAUCUAAACCAGCAGCUUAUGAUGAGCCAGCAGCAACAGCACCAGCAACAACAGCAGCAGCAACAACUGCUGGCGUUGCAGCUUGCCCAGCAGCAGCAGCAACAGCGACAGCAGCAUCUGCAGCAGCCCCCUGCCUAUCCGGGCAUGCUCAACAUGCAACAGCAGCAACACCAACAGCAGCAGCAACAGCAAAACCAGCAGCACAUCAUGCAGCGCCUGGAAGCCAUGCGCAAUCAGGGCAACCAGGGUUUCCAGCGACCGCCACCCAUGUAUCCCGCUCGCGGUCGUGGGCCCAUGAAUGCUGUGGCCACUCCGGGGGGCGUGGUGUUGCCUGCCCAGCAGCAGCUGCGCAACAUGCGACAACAGCAGCAGUUGGCGGCGGCGCAGCAGAAGGAGCGUUUACUGCAGCAACAGCAGAAGCAGCAAAUGCUCGUUCCCGAGAAUGCCACUGGCAUGAAUGCGGGCUUGAACAACAUUGGCUCGCUUCUCAACACGACGGUGGCCCCCAAUGUGUCCCUGUCCCGCACGAACCUGCCCUCAGAUGCCCAGCUCAGUCCAAACUUUGCUCAGACCCUGAUGCAGCAGCAGCUCAGUCCCGGUCGCAGCGCGCCCUACAGCCCGCAGCCCAACCAAGGCUAUGCCCCUCAGUUUCCGCAACCUGGACAACGUCUCUCCCCGCAGCAGCAGCAGCAGCUUAGCCAGCAGCAACAGAACAAUGUCCAGCAGCAACAGUUGGCCUACCAGCAGCAACAGGUCGGCGACGGCGGACGUUCCAACACUCCGUUUGGCUCAAACUCGGGAAUGCAGUCGCCGGGCAUGCAGAACAGUCCGCAGCAGUGGGGAGCUGGCGGCGGAGGAGGCGGUGGACCCGGCGGUCCACUGCCGUCUGGCAAUGCCGGAAGAACACUGCAGCAACACAACCCGAUGCUCAUUGCACAGCUGCAGGGCGUGAGUCCGUACAAUGCGCGUCAAUACCAACAGAACCAGAGACGCGGCCUCAAUUCCCCAGGAGCAGUCGGACCCGGUGGCAAUCCGGCGACUCUGCAGCGGCAGAACUCGUUCCAGGGACAAGGCGGUGGCGGCGCCACAACGCCCGAUGGUUCCGGCGUGGGUUUCGGCGGUCCACAGUCCCCCUACGGCAGCAAUGUCAAUGUUUUCCAGCAGCAACAGUUGCAGCGAUUGCAGCGACAGGGCAGCGUGCCACAGGCCACCCAGCAUCUGCCAGGCUCGCCACGCUUUGGCUCCUCACCGGGCAGCAGCAACAACACUGAUAGUUCAGCUGCCGCCGGCAACCAGCAGCACCAACAGCAGCAGCAGCAGCAACAACAGCAGCAGCAGCAACAUCAGCAGCAGCAGCAACAGCAGCAGCAGCAGCUGAUGAACGGGCUGAGCAUGUCGCCACAUCCGCAUCCGCACCCAGCGAUGAUGGGCGUGGGCGGCAUGGGCAGCGGCGGUGGCAACGGCAUCAUUGGCCUUGGCGGCGGGGGCGGCAACUAUGGGGCCACCCUUGGUGGCUACGGGCAGUCGCAGCAGGCGAAUGAUUUCUAUGGUCGCGCCCAGACCGCUGGCGGUGGUGGCGGCGUAGCCGGUGGCAGUGCCAACUCCGAGUUCGUCAAGCAGGAGCUGCGCGCGGUGGUCAGUGUGCGGGCCCAGCAGGCGGCUGCGGCAGCCACCGGAGGAGCUGGAGGCGGAGUAGGAGGAGGAGGCGUGGCUCAACGGGGCCAGACGCCGCAGAGUCCGUUGCAGCAGGGCUCGGUGAUCGGGAGCGGCGGCGGUAUCGUGGGCGGGGUCAACAGUACAAACACCAUGGGCAACGUCACGCCCACGGGCAGCGGCAAUGUCAGCAACUCCAUGCUCAACACGCCGCCAGACCCAACGCUGAGCUUCAGCUUCGAGACGCCGGACUUCUUCACCAGCAGCGCCACGAGGUGACCCUAAGGUGCCUAGUUCACACCCAAGGAUCACGUACAACCAAAACUUCUCUUGCGCACGCAUUUAUGGCUCUAGAUACGAAAAAACAAUAGGAAAUCAACGGAUGAAUGGCGAAGCAUGUACAUCUAAUUACAAAUAUUAGCAGCACUAUUUAAAAAAUAUAUACCUAAAUAUAUUUAUUUUAUAAUACUAGCAAAUAUUAAUUUUAAAAAACAAAAUGGGAACCUCGUCUUAAAGAAAUCGUGAAAACAUAAAUACCAGACACAAGCUCUAUUUAAAUAUUUUCAAAAUCGCAUAAUAACUUCAAGAGAAGAUGCAAACAAGAUAUAAGGAAUGCAUAUUUAUUACGUUUAAAGAUAAAGCCUAGUACUAAGAGCUAUAUAUACAAUAGACAAGAAAGCAGAAACAAAGCAAAAACAUAAAUAAUUAUGCGUUAAGUGCUGGCCGUUUCGAGGUGUUGUUAAAUUGAUAUAUGUAUAUUUAAAGAGAAUUAACAUUAAUCUUGUAUAACAUUUGGUGAGGCGUUGGCAACGGCAGCAGUUGGCUAAGCUUUAGAUAUAACGACAAGCGAUAAUAUAAUGUAUACAAUUGGAUGGGAAUGCAUGUAACAUGUAACACACAAAAACACAAACUUGCUGUACAUUUAAAAGUAGUGUUGAAUUUUUUCAGUGUGAUAAUUUGUUGAAUUUUAUGUACUAAAUGUUGCUAAUUUGUUGCUGCAAAAGCAUGAGGACCUCGACCUCCAAAGGCUUUGCUUUAUGUAUACCUUCUAAACCUUUUCAAUCAUUUUCCAAGAUUUAUUUUCAAUUCACCAAUCAGACCCAAAAUCAGACCCUUUACUGUAAAUAUUUUCACUGAAUAACUUUUCUAAGUUGAACCGCCUUUAAUUUUAAAUUGUAAUUUAGUUAAUGCUCGUUUAAAUUUAUUGUAAUUAUGUUUAAAUACUUUUAUAUCAAAGCGAGAAAGCAAAGCGCGCAAAGCAAAAUUGGCGUUGCAAUUUCAUGUGAAGGCUAUUUUACAGGUUUUGUUUAAACUAAUAUGUAAUUUUAACCAUUUUUAUAUUACCUAUUAUCUAUUACACAUUAAAUAUACGAAAUUGGCAUGUAUGA